UUAGGCAAUAUAAUGGAAGUUAAUCGUUUCAUACUUUUUCUAUGCUUAUAUGAAACAGUUCUAACAAGCAAUAACGGUAAUGAUGGAGAAGCAAUGACUGGAAGAGGUGGAAAAUUGAAAAGUCACGAAUACAAAGAAGAAAAGAGGGACGAUCAAGAUACCGAUGUGAUCGAUCCACUGGAAUAUCUCGAUUCACUGAUGCAGGAUACAAUCAAUAGUUUUUCAACCGUUACUGAUGUGACACACGAACAACAAUAUAUUGUCAACCUUCGUGACAAAUAUGUUCAAUUCAGGAAUGCACUCGAAAAAGCUCAGGCAAUGAAAGAUGGCGACAGUUUGGUGAUGUCAUUCUAUGGACAUCAGGAUCAUUCGACAAAUAUUCCCUGCGCCGGAAAUAAUUGCUUUAAAAAUGAUUCCGGAAAUAACAGUAGACCUCAGAAGAAACUAUUUGAUCCAACAAUAACAUGGUUGAGGCAUACGGUAUUGAGACAUAUGUUCCUAAAUACAGUAAGCAAAUGCACGGAACGGAUUUUCAACAAUACCGAAAUCACUGUAAACGUUGAACGACGAACAAACGACUUCUACGUUUGGGCCGUUAUUCCACAAAAAGUUUUAAAUGAAAGAAAAGCAUCGAUUAAGACGGACAAUGACACGAAACAUGGAAUUGUCACAGAUGGAGUCACAGAUGCUAUACGUGAUUAUAAAACUGGCGGAGAAAAACUUGAAGAUUCGACUGAAUCGGUCAUUGCCAUUCAGGGUGCUUUUUUUGGAAAUGAUUUGAGCCAUUUGAAGAAUCCAAAUUGUUAGAUUAAAGUGAUAUAAAUUUUGCUCAGGAAUCAAUGUUUCAUUUUCUACGAUCAC